AGGCAUCAGCUUCAUUUGAGUUCUCUAGGACUUGGGCCUCAGGACUUGCCCAAAUGCUCUCCUCCCACAGACACUGGAGAGCUGUGUCCUGAGACCAGACCAAGAAAAGAGCCUGAGUGUGCAGAGUCUAGCCCAGGACUCCCAGGGUGCCAGCCUGCCAGUCUGUAUCAGGCAGAUCAUCACCCGAAGCCUCUCUCAGCCUGAGAGCCCAGCCCCUCUCCAGGUCCCACAGAUGGCUUCGCUGCUGUCACUGCAGGAAGAGAACCAGCUACUGCAGCAGGAGCUGUCCCGUGUGGAGGACCAGCUGGCCCAGAGCCGUGCUGAGCGUGAUGAGCUUGCUAUCAAGUACAAUGCCAUCAGUGAGAGGCUGGAGCAGGCUGUGCGGCUGGAGACUGGGGAGUUGGAGGCACAGGAGCCCAAGGGGCUGGUGCGCCAGAGCGUGGAGCUGCGGAGGCAGCUGCAGGAGGAGCAGGCCUCCUACCGACGCAAGCUGCAGGCCUACCAGGAGGGCCAGCAGCGGCAAGCCCAGCUAGUGCAGCGGCUGCAGGCUAAGAUUCUGCAGUACAAGAAACAAUGCUCUGAGCUGGAGAAGCAGCUGCUGGAGAAGUCCACGGAGCUGGAGCAGCAGCGCCUGAGGGACACAGAGCACAGCCAGGACCUGGAUAGCGCCCUUCUGCGCCUGGAAGAGGAGCAGCAGAGAAGUGCCAGCCUGGCCCAGGUGAAUGCCAUGCUGAGAGAGCAGCUGGACCAGGCAAACUUGGCCAACCAGACUCUGAGCGAGGACAUUCGCAAGGUGACCAAUGACUGGACCCGCAGCUGCAAGGAGCUGGACCAGAAGGAGGCAGCAUGGAGGCGAGAGGAAGAGUCCUUCAACGCCUACUUCAGCAGAGAGCACAGCCGCCUGCUCCUCCUUUGGAGGCAGGUCAUGGGGCUCCGACGGCUGGUCAGCGAGGUGAAGAUGGGCACAGAGAGGUGAGGCCUGGCUGCUGGGCACCAUGGGCUACAUCCUUCCAUGGGCUGCCUCUGGGGUGUGGAGGCAGCUUGCAGGAAGAGAGGCAGUCAGCUAUUCUGGGGCCCAGUGUACUAUGUGCUUCCUUUGAUAUUUAAUCUAAUAUUCAGUGCUUCUUUGAGGCAGGAAUUGUCCUAUUUGCCAUUUCAUACCAAAGAUCAAAGAGGUUGAAUGACCUUCUCAGAUCACACAGCAAAGAGUAGCUGUGUAGGCAGACUUUCCUUUGGGCCACCAGCUCACAAACAAUGACACAGAGACUUAUUAUUAAUUAUGAAAGCUUAGUCUUUAGCUUAGGCUUGUCCCACUAGCUCUUACAACAUAAAUUAACUUGUUUCCAUUACUCUACAUUUUGCCGUGUGACUCCAUUACCUCUCCUCUAUACUGUUUGUCCACCUUCUUUAGCGUCUGACUAGUGUCUCUCUCACUCCUAGAUUCAUCCUGAGUUACUCUUUCUGCUCAGAAGUCCCCCUGUCCUCUCCUGCCUAGCUGAUGGCCAUUCAGUUCUUUAUUGAACAGUGACACAUCUUCACACAGUGUAAACAAAUAUUCCACAGCAUUUCCCCCUUAUCUCUAAAUAAAAAGGAAAGGGUUUAACUCUAAUACAGUAAAACUGUAUAAAAUAAGAAUAAUCAUAAGAUAAGCAUUACAUUCACAAUAUCCAAUUCAUUUACAUUUGCUGAAUUCAGAGAAAAUACUCUAUUACCUAUUCUAUCUUGAUGAGUCCAAAGUUUUAUACCUAAAUCACUUUUUAUCAUAACUUGUAUUACAAACCUAGAAAUCUCUUUUUAAACCUUAAAACAUUUUUUUUUAGAUAAACAACUUAAGCUUUUAUGUCUCUCAACCUUAUACAUU